AUGGUAAACGAAUGGGGUUUGCAAAGCAAGAUUUUUCUAGUUCUACGUGAUAAUGCCGCUAAUAUGAUUCGCGCGAUGCGUGAUCAAUAUGAAUCUGUAGGAUGCGUCGCACAUACUCUCCAGCUCGUUAUAAAACAAGCGCUAUUUUCAGAAAACGAAAUAAAAGACCUCGUAAAGAAAUGUAGGAAAAUCGUUGGCCAUUUCCAUCACAGUGAGCCAGCAACCAGGAAAUUGAAAGACUGUCAAAAACAAUGUGGAUUGCCAGAGCAUGCAUUGGUGCAAGACAUUGAUGUGAGGUGGAACAGCACCUUGAUGCUGCAACGACUUUUGGAACAAAAAAAUGCAGUAAACUUAUACUCUGUUGAACACGGUAAGAUUGAUUCUCUUCAAUCAAAUGAAUGGGUCAUUGCAAAGAACCUCACAUCCGUAUUGUCAUUUUUUUAA